GGGUGAUCCUGGGACCCGGGAGCUUGGGAACCGCGGCCGCUCCCUGCGUGGAGACACCGGCCGGUUUUCCGCCGCUCUCCACUCUCCGUAGCUGGGUCUAGGCUUUUCCCUCCAGCACGAGCAGAAAGCUCCUUCAGGCCGGGAGGAGACUGGGGCCGGCAGAGGUUCCCUUUACGGGCGACACCCUUCUGCGCUCCGAGGACAAAAGCGUCGAAGCUCUUUGGGUCGGCUACCCCGGCUCAGCGCGCGUAGGGGGACAUCGCUUGGGGCGCGAAGGCUUGGCGUCCUGGAGUAGACAGGGCCGGGGAAAGAGGGCCGAGUUGUGUGUGCUGGAGAGCAAGAGCCGGGCGCGCUCCGGGUCUGAAACUACCUGUAGCUGCAGCUACCUGUCCGCCCCACCUCGGGAAGAACAACAAUGCUUUCGCGCGCGCCUGCGUGUAUGUGUGUGAGAAUGUGAUGGACAUCGGUCUGACCAACGAGAAACCCAAUCCGGAACUCUCUUAUUCGGGCUCUUUCCAGCCAGCCCCCGGCAACAAGACCGUGACCUACUUGGGAAAGUUCGCUUUCGACUCUCCUUCUAACUGGUGCCAGGACAACAUCAUUAGCCUCAUGAGUGCCGGCAUCUUGGGGGUGCCCCCGGCCUCAGGGGCACUCAGUACGCAGACGUCCACGGCUAGCAUGGUGCAGCCUCCGCAGGGCGACGUGGAGGCCAUGUAUCCGGCGCUGCCCCCCUACUCCAACUGCGGCGACCUCUACUCGGAGCCCGUGUCUUUCCACGACCCCCAGGGUAAUCCCGGGCUCGCCUAUUCCCCCCAGGAUUACCAAUCGGCCAAGCCGGCCUUGGACAGCAAUCUUUUCCCCAUGAUUCCUGACUACAACCUGUACCACCACCCCAACGACAUGGGCUCCAUUCCGGAACACAAGCCCUUCCAGGGCAUGGACCCCAUCCGGGUCAACCCACCCCCUAUUACCCCUCUGGAGACCAUCAAGGCCUUCAAAGACAAGCAGAUCCACCCGGGCUUCGGCAGCCUUCCUCAACCGCCGCUCACUCUCAAACCCAUCCGGCCCCGCAAGUACCCCAAUCGGCCUAGCAAGACCCCGCUCCACGAGCGGCCCCAUGCGUGCCCCGCGGAAGGCUGCGACCGCCGCUUCAGCCGCUCGGACGAGCUGACCCGGCACCUGCGCAUCCACACGGGCCACAAGCCUUUCCAGUGUAGGAUCUGCAUGCGGAGCUUCAGCCGCAGCGACCACCUCACCACUCAUAUCCGCACGCACACCGGGGAGAAACCCUUUGCAUGCGAGUUCUGUGGGCGCAAGUUUGCGCGCAGCGACGAGCGCAAGCGCCACGCCAAGAUCCACCUCAAGCAAAAGGAGAAGAAGUCGGAGAAAGGGGCUGCGCCCUCUGCAUCCUCGACGCCCGCCGUGUCCCUGACCCCCGUGGUCACCACCUGCGCCUGAGGCUCCGGGCACCCAGAUCCCCUCUUUUCCCUUCCAGUGCCUCCUGGCUGGUCGCCUGAAAGCAGCGGGAAAAGCCAGUCACCGAGGCGCAGGGGCCGCGCCCUGGUCUCGCCCUGGAAGUGCGGCCCCCUUGCCUCCCCUUCGACGCCCAAUUUCCACUCUUUCACGUCGGCCGGCGGUUGGGGGAUAGGGCUGGAGGCACUUGCUCCUUGCUGCCCACCCCGCACCUUAGCCAAGGCGUGGGGGCGGAAAGGUGGCGUCUAGCCCGCUUUGUUCAGUUAGGAUCGCCUUGAUCCAGGGACCGCUGGGCCGCGCCAAGGACCUGCGGGGGACUGAAGGCGGGGCCCAUCCAACCCUCGCCUGACCCAAGCACCUCACUGUUUUCCCCCUACAGCGUCUCCCCGUAUUCCCCCUCGAACACCCGAGGGGGGGAGGGGGUAAGGAGCGCACCAAAGCGCAGAGCUUGCUGCCCGUCGCACGCACGCGCGCUUGCGUGCAGUGAUGCGUGUGAGUGUGCGUGUGCUCGCGCGCGCGUGUGUGUGUGUG